GUAGACAGAGUGCGAGUGAAACAGAAUCCACUUCACACAGUUGUAGUUGGGUCAGUUUAAGAAACGUGCAGUUUAACAACAUUUAAUUCCAAAAAUGGAUCAAAAAGACACCGAAAUGAAUGAAAAGGGAAUAUCUUCAUCAACCAGUGGAGUUGUGGUCCAGGUGAGGGAAAAGAAGGGACCCUUGAGAGCUGCUAUACCCUAUAUGCCUUUCCCUGUAGCUGUCAUCUGCUUGUUUCUCAAUACCUUUGUACCAGGACUGGGUACCUUUGUUUCAGCCUUCACAGUCUUGUGUGGGGCUCAGACUGAUUUGCCCAACAGGCACGUGUGUUGUGUAUUCUGGUUGAACAUUGCUGCUGCAUUUAUUCAGAUCCUCACUGCUAUCGUUAUGGUGGGAUGGAUCAUGAGUAUAUUCUGGGGCAUGGAUAUGGUCAUCAUGGCUAGUUACAGAAACCAAGGAAUCCCACAACAGCUGUAAAGUGCAUCAAAACCAUUUUGAAACAGGAAUGUACAUCAGAUUGGAAAAAAUGGAUAUUUUUCUACAAACCACAGAUGAACUGAUACUUUCAAUCCUCUGCACUUCAUCGCUCACUUAGAUAAAAGGCACCAAGUAUGUCAACCAGGGAAUUAUUUUACAAUGUUGUGAAAGCCAAGAAGCCUUGGACAAGGCUACUUCCAACCUGUCGGGUGAAUUCAGUGUUUUUCUUUUUAAUUCAUAACACAAUACCACAGAUUCAAGUUUUCAGAUUUUGAGUACAGCUUAAUUUUACUGGUAAAAUAUUUAAAAUAUUUCAGUUUAAACCAUGUUUUCAUAUUUAUUGUCAUAACAUACAGAAUUAAGUUUUAAAAAAUAAAAUUGUCAUUUUGUAUAUUGCUACUUGGAUACAGCUUCCUAGUUAGAACAAAAUGUAUUUAAACUACAUAUGCCUUUUUUGUGACAUUGAGUAUUAUUUAUGUAUUUUGUCGUUGUUGUGGAACAUCUUUUUUUAUUAAUAUUACAGUAUGGUUUAGAUAACUGUUCUAAACUGGUUGCCAUAGAUACUGGCCGCUCUAUAAAAGGUCUCCCUUUGUACAUAUGGGAUUAAAGAUAUUUUAUUGUC